CUUGUUUAGUCACACGAUAACCGUCCGAGUUAUAGGACGCCUCGGACACAUUAAGACAUGACGGAUACUUAAAAAUGGUCAUAAGUAACAACGUUUGUUCAAUAAAGUGAUUAGACAUAUCGUUUCCGAUCCCUUGGUUGUUUUUGUGUUAGCUAAAGGUGAUAGGUGGUGCGCCAUGCGAGGGCGCGCCCCGCUUUAUCGUCGGACGGCGGUCGCCGUGAUAGCACUCCUCGCCUGUGCCGCCCUGGUCACAGCGCUGAUGUGGAAUUCUGUCUUCGAAUUAGCCUUUUUAUCACAAGUGACAUUAACGCCAACUUCCCGCGGCUACAAGGAAUGGGUCGCACCUUCACUCCCUCUCUUCUUUAACGUGUACGUUUUUAAUUGGACCAACGCCGAUCGGUUUCCGGAGGAGCUGCCCAAUCUGGAGGAACUAGGUCCGUAUCGUUUUCGUGAGCAUCGUCGGCAUAUCAACGUGUCCUUCAACAACCAGAACCACUCCGUGUCUUACCGAACUCAACGAAGCUGGUACUUCGACGAGGAGUUCAGCAACGGGACCAUGAAGGAUAACAUAACUAUUAUAAACGUCAUAGCAGCAUCUGCAGUCUAUCGUUCGAGACACUGGGGUUUUAUUCAGCAGAAGGGUCUAUCUAUGGGUCUCGCUAUGCUGGGUCAAGGUUUCUCGGUGACGAGGACCGCUGAAGAACUGUUUUUCGAAGGUUACGAAGAUCCGUUUUUGGAUAUAGCGAGGAUUCUUCCCUCAACCACAACCGGAGGGGCGCCGCCAGUAGACCGGUUCGGUCUGUUUUACGAGAGAAAUAAUUCGAUGGAUACUGAGGGUUUGGUAGAAGUAGCAACAGGAGAGGCCAGUGGAACUUAUCCCGGACAGAUACUCAGGUGGAACAAUUACGAAAGUCUUCCGUUUUAUGAAGGGGCGUGCUCUCAGAUAACUGGUAGCGCUGGAGAGAUGAUGGCCCACAAUUUGACCGAAGAGCCUUUCACUCUCUUUGUCCCAGAUCUCUGUCGGACAGUCCACUUAGAGUAUAAUAGCAGCGGAAGUUUAGACGGAGUUCUCUACAACAAGUACACCAUGACCGAAGCCAGCUUCGAUAACUCUUCAAGAUCUCCCGACAACGCCUGCUUCUGCAGCGGUGAGUGCAGUUGGAGCGGUACAAUGAAUGUCUCCGCGUGUCGUUACGGCAGCCCGGCUUUCAUGUCCUUGCCUCAUUUUCUGUACGGGGAUCCUGAACUGAGGUCCUACGUCACAGGCUUGUCGCCAGAUCCUGAAUUGCAUUCCUUUUACUUCGCCAUAGAACCGAGACUCGGAGUGCCAGUGGAUGUGGCGGGAAGAUUUCAAUUUAAUAUUUUUAUUGAACCGACACCAAAUAUUGCACUCUAUGAAAACGUUCCCCGGAUGAUGUUCCCGGUGUUUUGGGUGGAGCAAAAGGUUCAAAUUUCUCCGGAAGUGCUAUCUGAACUGAGAUCCGUACGAGCGGUGCUGGAGCGAGGGGGGGCGAUCCUAGCGGGAGUGGCGGUGGCUCUCGCAGCCCUCGCCCUCGCUCUUCUAACCUGCUGUUCAAAGACAAGCAAGUACACCAGUCCGCAGGAGAUCAAAGAAAAGGACGAAGCGGAAGUAAAAUUAAACCCUAUGUGAUAGUAAAUAAGAGCGAGACUCUCUCAUAUUGUAUACUGUGUGUACAUGGGUGCGGCUGAAUGUAUGGAUGUAUUUGUUUUAUACUUUUCUUGGCUGAUAUUAUUAUGUGAUAUUACUAGGGCCUGUUUAAGAAAUUUAUUGUUUUAUGAGAAUUUACAUAAAAUAUAAUUUUUUUUGAAUCAAGACUCGUUUAUAAUCGUUAACUUAGAAGUAAUUAGAGGUAUACAUGGUGAACUAAUGUUGCUGGAUUUAAUUAUAAUAUUCUCAUCAAUAGUUUUUCAAACUCCUCUUUGAAUAAGUAAGUAAUGAAUCAUCAAUUUAUGACUGUACAUGAUUUUAUUAAAUCCAAUUUAAUUUUGUUUUACUUUUAACUCAUUUUAAUGAAGAUUCCACAUAUCAUACCAUCAGCAUGAGCGUUAUAGAUAGUGAAAAGUAUAGUUUACCCCGUUAAAACACUACUAACGGUAAUAAAUGACUGUGAUCUCAAAAAUUUGAAUAAUUUUCGUUAACUAUAAAGCUCAUACUAGGGGUACAAUUUCGUUAACAAUCUAUUGUUAGUUUGUAUUAUUUUGACUGUUCAUAAUUUUGUUAAAUAUUAAAUUAAAAAUAUGCAUUCCAAAUAAGUACAACACGAUGACAAUUAUAUUUUAAAUAUAUUAAUAAGGUAAGCGUUUCUAAAUGUAACUGACCGUUUAUUGUCGUAUAAGAUUAGGGAAAAAAACUUAAUUAUUUGAAAAUAUAAUAUAAAAUUUGUUAUUCUCGUAUCGAAGCUCACAAUUGUUAUUUUUUAUCUGGAUAAAAGUUGAAUUAAAUAUAACAUUGUGUAAUAAGUUACCAUCACAGGAAUUCUAUGGAUAUUGAAAUUAUAUAUAUAUAUGUAUAAAACUUUUAUAAACAGACCAAUUUCAGGCCACUUCAGAAAGAAAUUAUAUUAAACAAUGAAAUUUAAA